AGAGAGGGAUGGAGGUGAGGAAGGUGAACGAAUUAGACAACAGUAAGGAUGAUGAAGUUAUGCUCCCAGGGUUUCGGUUUCAUCCAACGGAUGAAGAGCUUGUUGGGUUUUAUCUUCGACGGAAGGUGGAGAAGAAACCAAUCAGUAUUGAACUAAUCAAACAGAUCAAUAUCUACAAAUACGAUCCAUGGGAUCUUCCAAAAGUCAGUACUGUGGGGGAGAAAGAGUGGUACUUCUUUUGCAUAAGAGGCAGAAAGUACAAGAACAGCAUAAGACCCAACAGGGUCACAGGGUCUGGAUUUUGGAAAGCUACCGGCAUAGAUAGGCCAAUAUAUUCUGUUGGAGACACCAAUGACUGCAUUGGCCUGAAGAAAUCGCUAGUCUACUACAGAGGGAGUGCAGGAAAAGGCACCAAAACUGAUUGGAUGAUGCAUGAGUUUCGUCUUCCUUCAGGAGGGAAAACUGGCAACAGUCCCAACUCCAACAACGCCACACAAGAAGCCGAAAUCUGGACACUAUGUCGAAUUUUCAAGCGAAUUGUGUCAUACAGGAAGUACACACCAGACUGGAGAGCAACCCCAUCUAGCAAACAAAGCCCAACUGACUCAUGUUCUCAAACAUGCAGCCUUGAGUCGGACAACAUAGAUAACUACAAGAAUUUUGGUGCUCAUCAAGUGGUUCAAGAGAUUGAGAAGAAGCCAGCUUUUAAUCACAUUGAUGAAAUGAAUCAAUUGUUACCGAAUCAUUUGAACCCAAUAGCUCAACUUCCAUCUGCUACGCUCUACUCAAGCUUUCCAAACACCAAUAGCUAUGAAUUCAUCAGAGAGGGGAACUGGGAUGAGCUCUCAUCAGUAGUAGAAUUGGCACUCGACCCCAACCUUCUAUAUGGUUGUAGAUAAAUUAUAAUGAAGGCUUAAUUUUGUAUUGUAAGUAUAUAUUAUAUAUGGUUGACAAUCCUUAGAUACAUAGAAUAAUGCCUGGAUGGCUGGAUGGGGUGGGAUGAAGUAGAUAGUUAGUUUUGUUGGAUUAUUCAAAGCUGAAUGGAUUUUACUCUUGA